AGGUAUUGGGUAUGGUGAUCAGUGAAGGAAACACGUGGCCCCACGGCACGUUCCGAUCGAAUGAGCUGUGGGGUCCGAUGAUCGUGGGGCCCUGUCUGACAUGGCAGCCUCGGAAGCCACUAUGUGGUAGGGUCAUAUGCCUGUUCUGAGGUGGCUUUGUGCCCCUCAAAGCAGGCAGAAGUCUAAAAAAACAUCAGCUAUGCCCUUAGUUCAUCUUCCUUCCGCUCUCCAUCUCAUUCUUUUCUUCCAGUUCUCAUCAACAUCAUGUGCUUCUACCCUCCUCUUCUUUAAAGAAAAGAAUCUUUCUUUAAUGUGUGAGUGAGAGGGAGAGCACGUGCAGGUCCAAUCAUGGAGGUUCUUCUACUGGCAUUGCAUGUGAUCCAAUCACUGCAAGCCCACUCCCAUCCCCUUCUUUGCCUCCACCUCUUCCUUUCAAAUUCUCCAUAUAUCAACCACCCUCUUCCUUAACCCUCUUAAAGCAAAUGACACAAUGAGCACUUCCUCAACUACUACCACUACAGCUUCUAGCUCUUGGUCUGUUAGUGAGGAUUCAUUGAGAAGGUAUGUAUCAUUUGCAAGCGAGAGCUGCAUUCAAGAGCUGCUAUCUGCGUCGGACUCGAGCAGGACUGAAGGUGGGGAUGGAUGGAAAGUGUUGGCAUUUGAAAAUGGUGUCGAGAUAUCGAAGCGUUGCUCGGGCUCGCCGCAUGUCUUCCGUAGCCGGUGGCUGCUUCGUUCGGUCUCGUCGCAACAGUUCAUCACCGUCGCCAAUGCCAUCGAUGCUGCUAAGCAAUGGGAUCCUGAUCUAGUGGAAGCUAAAUAUAUAAAGGACCUUAGCGAUAAUCUCAGCAUUAUUCGCCUAAGGUUCGGUGAUGCCUCGAAACCACUCUUCAAGAACAGAGAAUUUAUAGUUUACGAGCGACGCGAGACCAUGGAUGAUGGAACUCUUGUGGUUGCUGUGGCAUCUCUACCGAAGGAGAUUGCUGCAGGAUUGCAGCCUAAGAAGAACAACUCCAUUCGAGGGCUAUUGCUGCAGUCUGGAUGGGUGGUUGAGAAGCUUGAGGAUGACUCUUGCAUGGUGACUUACGUUGUUCAGUUAGAUCCGGCUGGAUGGUUGCCCAAAUGUUUUGUAAACAGACUCAACACGAAGCUGGUUAUGAUCAUCGAAAAUCUUCAAAAAUUAGCUCAAACAUGUCCUAUGAAUGAUGCAAUGUGAGUACAUUACUAGAGAAGAGAAAAAAAGGUGCAAAAUAAUAUGUAUGUAACUAAAUAUACAUAUAAGAUGGUAAUGAAAACAGCCUAUUUCUUUGUCUCAUACUUGUAUUUUACCCUUUUUAUCAUCCAAGAAUGAAUCAAUGAUGUACAGAGGUUAUUCUGAAAGAAAUUCUCAUCCUCAGCUGCUAUC